UUAACCCUGCUACAGGAGCCAUCCCUGAUUCUUCUUAAAGACAAAGGGCAGAAUUUGGAUAAAGGACCUGGUCGAACGGCACCAGACUUUACACAGUGGCACCGGACUUCAUAUACACUUACCUGUCUUUCGCUGUAGAGACGUCGAAGGGCAAACGAGAACAUGCUGCGGAUUCUGGUGUUGGUGAUUUCGCUGAGUGUGAGCAGUGACCUAGUAGCUGGUCAGAGAGUGUGUCGUGAAGCCCUGCCACAUGGGUGUGCGCUGCAUCAACACCUCUCCAGGGUUCCGCUGUGGCCCCUGUCCCACUGGCUACACCGGCCCCCGGGUGCAGGGAAUAGGCCUCUCCUACGCCACUAACAACAAACAGGUCUGUAAGGACAUCAAUGAGUACGAAGGACCCAAGAAUGGAGGUUGUAUGGAAAAUUCCAACUGUGUGAACACACCUGCAGGCUAUGUGGGGGAUCAGCGCAAGGGCUGUAAGCCUGAGAGAGCGUGUGGUAAUGGCCAGCUCAACCCCUGCCAUGCCAGCAGAGAGUGCAUUGUCCAACGAGAUGGGAAAAUAGAGUGUCAGUGUGGCGUGGGAUGGGCUGGCAAUGGCUACUUCUGCAGCUCUGACAUGGACAUUGAUGGCUUCCCUGAUGAGAAACUGGAAUGCACCGAGAGGAACUGUGCCAAGGAUAACUGUCGAACAGUAUCCAACUCUGGCCAAGAGGAUGUAGACAAGGAUGGCAAAGGAGAUGCCUGUGAUGAGGAUGCAGAUGGGGAUGGAAUCCUAAAUACACAGGACAACUGUGUGCUGGUACCAAAUGUCAACCAAAGAAAUGUGGACGAAGACUACUUUGGAGACGCCUGUGACAACUGCCGUGUGAUCAAAAACAACGACCAGAAAGACACUGAUGUCGAUAGACUGGGUGACGAAUGUGACGAAGACAUUGAUGGCGACAGAAUCCCCAAUAAUCUGGACAACUGCAAAAGGGUUCCCAAUGCUAACCAGAAGGAUCGAGAUGGGGACAAAGUCAGAGAUGCUUGUGACAGUUGCCCCUAUGUUCAAAACCCUGACCAGUUGGAUAUGGACAACGAUUUGAUCGGAGCCCCUUGUGACACCAAUAAGGACAGUGAUGGUGACGGUCACCAGGACUCGGACAACUGCCCUGCAGUCAUCAACAGCUCCCAGCUGGACACGGACAAGGACGGCCUGGGGGACGAGUGUGACGAUGACGAUGAUGAUGAUGGUAUUCCUGACCUUCUCCCCCCGGGACCGGACAACUGUCGCCUCAUUCCCAACCCUCUGCAGGAGGACUCUGACGCUGAGUCUAGUUUCCACAAAGUUCUCCAAUAUAUCCGUGUAAUGUUGACAGUAAUAUUGUCCAGUGACUUAAAAGUCACAUAUUGCGUCAAUCUCCUUGUUACAGGUGAUGGUGUUGGGAAUGUGUGUGAGAACGACUUUGACAACGACACCAUCAUCGACAGCAUCGAUGUGUGCCCGGAGAACGCCGAGGUCAAUCUCACAGACUUCAGGGCCUACCAGACAGUGGUGCUGGACCCAGAGGGAGACGCACAGAUAGACCCUAACUGGGUGGUGCUCGAUCAGGGAAGAGAGAUGGUCCAAACUAUGAACAGUGACCCUGGACUGGCUGUUGGUUACACAGCUUUCAACGGUGUUGACUUCGAAGGGACUUUCCAUGUGAAUACCGUCACGGACGACGACUAUGCAGGGUUCAUCUUUGGCUACCAGGACUCUUCCUCCUUCUACGUGGUGAUGUGGAAACAGGUUGAGCAAAUCUAUUGGCAGGCCAAUCCAUUCAGAGCUGUGGCAGAACCAGGGAUCCAACUGAAGGCUGUGAAGUCCAACACGGGACCAGGGGAGAAUCUACGCAACUCCCUGUGGCACACUGGUGACAGCAGUUACCUGGUGAAGCUGCUGUGGAAAGACGUCCGCAACGUGGGCUGGAAGGACAAGACUUCCUACCGCUGGUUCUUGCAACACAGGCCCCAAGAUGGCUACAUCAGAGUGCGUUUCUUUGAGGGUCCUCAGAUAGUGGCAGACACAGGUAUCAUCAUAGACAUCACCAUGAGAGGAGGCAGACUGGGUGUCUUCUACUUCUCCCAGGAGAACAUAAUCUGGGCUAACCUACGCUAUCGCUGCAAUGAUACAACCCAUGAGGACUUUGACUCAUACCAAGUCCAACCCGUUCAGCUACAGUUCUAAUACAGCAUGCACACACCUCUGCCCAAACAAAGACUGGGAGGACAUUCCAUCUACACCCUCACAUUCUGGAACGCAUGGCUCCCAGCUGAACAGUGCAUGGUUGUGUCUGUAAUAGCACCCUAUCUCCUAUAUAGUGCACUACUUUUGAUUAAAGGCUAUAUUAGGGCCCGAUUUGGACUUAAGAAAUGCCUUUCUUACGCACGCCUUUCAUACACACUUCUCAGUAGUUUCAGACUUACCUUAUGAAGGUACGUAAAGGGCUUUGCAGGCAUGCUUCCCUUGUCAUUCAAUAGGGUUUUCAGUGCAUUUAUCUUAAGCCAUCUCUUUAAAUAUGGUGUAACUUUUAGUUAGUAUUUUGUUGACAGACUCAAUAGAAUAUAUUGAAUAUUAGUGAUCGAUGAAAGAAAGCCAUCUAAAUAUGCAUAUCAUUCUCUGUUUCAGCACCAUUUGGUAGAUUCAAAAAAAUACUCUGAUCUUGUCGAUUAUUUAGGGUUAGGAAAGUAUUUAUGAAAUCAUAAAAACAAGUUUGGAGAGCCUUUACGCAGAAAAGAAAACUGUGGUUUGAUUCAUUCAGAAAAUUGCCACAUUGUUAUUUAACCCAUGGUAAUGUUGGAAGAUUAGUGUACAUAGAAUUAUAAUAGGGAGAAUAGUGUACAAUAGUAGACAAUACCCUCGUCUGUUGCCUGCACUAGCCAUGGUACUGUGUGAUGACAGCAGAGUAUUGCGCCAUGCGUAGGCUUCAAACUGUUAAUGCCUGGUCUGCACUCCGCUCCAUAACGAUUUAAUUGGCCUAACUGUUACUAAUGAUCCUCAGCAACAACCACAUGGUCAUGACUGCGUUUACAGAGGAAGCAAAUGCAGGUAAACAAAACGAUGUCAUUAAAUGGAAUGAUAAUGUAUGCUAUACCAACUGAAGGGAACUAACAGUAAACUGGCAGUUGUAUAUGUGUGUUAUUAAGCCUAAUGGUCGAUACUGAUAGUGGCUAAUAUUUAACAUGAUAGAAAUAGGAAACAGAAAGUCGUGGUAGCCUAUAAUUAAGACAUCCGAGUGCCCAGCUAUGAGAGUUAAAAGGCUGUGCAAUUUAAAUUCUGCAUAAUAGCACGGCACGGCCUUUCAUAAACUUUACUUUGGGAAAGUUGAUAUGCUUCAUUUUGAAGCCAUAUAUGACUGGUUUCACAUUUGUCUCCAGCAAUUGGAAGGUAAAAUAUAUCUAAAACAAGUGUAAUUUAUAAUUAUAGUUUCCUUAUCCAGACAGAUUACACAUUUAACUGGCGCUUAUCAAGUUGUAAAAUGACAGUGCAUGGAGAAUGGUGUUAUUUCUAUUGGAAAAAAAUAAAGUAAUGCUUUUUCCACUUGAAACCGGUAGGUUCGCUAGACCUUAUUCAUUAUUUCCUCAUAUGUAAAGGUGGAAGAAUUAUUAGGGAAUUAAGUCAAGGUCAGAAUACAGCAUCUGUUGACACACCAUCAUUUAUUUGAUCUCCACCCAAAACAAAUAGCAGGUGAACAGCAUGCUAUUCUCAUGCUUAAGUUCAAGGUCAGAAUAAGCAUAGAGAAAAGUGCAUAAAAAUGGAAUUACUACGUUCCAUUUAAGCACGCUUAACUCGGGUCGGAAUUGGGGCCAUAUUUAAUUUUUUUUUUUUAGAAGGACCCUGUGAGAUGUGACUCAGCAAAAUGGAGGCUGUCAUAUUGGUCACCACCAGUAAUGACAACAUUUACCGGUGACAUUUGCUCCCCAAUAAUUCCAGUUCUCAGGGGACUUUUCUUUAUGUCUACUACUACUCUGUCAACAAUAUAGAAAUGUGAGGAUAGUUGUGUGUUUUGAAUAAUCAGGGUGUGGACAGAAAAUGUGUAUUACAUUGUGA